AUGACGGAUGAAAUUGGUAGCAGACUGAUUGAACCUUUUGACGUGCCAGGCUUUCUGUUUCAGUAUCUCACAAGAACUGAAGAACCUACGUAUGUUGUGUUUGUCCUAGAUAGAUCAGGGAGCAUUUAUUACGAAGAUUUUUACGAAGCUGUUGACUUUCUUUACAAUGUUACUAAAUGGUUGACCAUUGGCUCAUCCAAUGACGAGCUUCAAAUUUCUGUGAUAACAUUUUCAAAUUCAGUAACAGAAGAAUUUGAUUUGAACGACUAUACAUCACAAACUGAUCUCCUGGAUGCCAUUGAAGCGGUAAAAUCAAGAACACCAAGCGGCCAGACAUACACACACGAUGCUCUGGACUUUUGCUACAGUUCAACCUUUACGUCAGGCCACGGUUCUCGAAGCGGUGUGCCAAAAGCCGUGGUUGUUUUAACAGAUGGAAUAUCCACCGAGACGGCCGAAACGAGUACCCAAGCCGGCAUACUACAAAAUGCUGGGAUUGAAGUGUAUGCUAUUGGUAUUGGUUCAGUUGUCACUUCAUCAAUGACGGAACUGGAAUCUAUUGCUUCAGAUCCAGACUCGUAUUAUGUUAACACAGUUGGAACAUUCUCAAAUUUGUGUUUACUUGUACCAGAAUUGGUGGUAAAGUUAGAUAGUAACGUGUUAGAAUCAGCAGUAGAUAAAUGUGGGGUGUUUAAUACCACCAGUACUGAAGACACGAGUGGUACAGAUAACACACCCGUGUACAUUGCCGCAGUAUCCGGUGUAGCAGCUACAGCAGCCAUUAUUGCUGGGAUUGGUGUUGGUAUAACUAAAGCAUUAGCGGCCAUGAAGAUGAGUGCAAAGAUACCAACAAUGUUAUCAGCUGCGGGAAUGUACACUCAAGCACCGCUAGGCCCAGCGAAGGCGAAAUUUACUACAAAGUUUAUACAGUCUGGCAUACCAACAGGACAAAUAAUACCAUCAAAAGCACCAGCACAGACCUUUUCUCCUAGGUCUAUUGCAUCUAUUACUCUUCUGGAUUGACAGACCACGUCACCUGUCAAUAUUUUAAAGUUCCAUGGAUCUUUGUGAUUUGACUGAAAGUUUUCAUAAUUUACUGAGGUUAAAAUGGAACUGCUAAAAUAGCAUUUGUUUUCUGUAUAAAAAUACAUGAAGAUUAUUCAAUUCUUCCCUCCUUCGGAAUUCCGACGGAUGUAUUGUUUUGAAUAUCCUCAGGCUUGUGGAACGUGAUACAAUUGACUAUGCAGGAUCAACGGUAUAUGGGAGACUAGAUUGAAAACAUUGUCGUUGUGUUGAAUAUCUCAUGAUCUCUUUGUCUAGUAUUGUUUGUUAUCUCGAUAAAUCUCGUCACUUGUAUAUAUUUA